CUGAGGAAGAGGAACAGAACGUCGGACAACAGAGCGAGGAGGAGAUGCCUAAAAGGAUAUUCAUAGCAAAGAAAAAAGGUGACGCAGAACAGGGAGUGGCUCUGCUUAUAACUAAGAAAGAGAGGGGCAGUGUCACAGAACAGCAGCCAGAGGAGCCACUUGGAGGAACCAACGGCAAAAAGGAAAGCAGCACAGUAGAGUCAGAAAACAAUGAGCAGGUUGCCAAUAAUAAGGAUGUGAUUCAGGAAGAGAAUCUGCUUGAAAGCAAGGAACAGCAGCAAGAAGAAUCACUUGAAAGAACAGAUGAUCAUGCCAGAGAGCCAGGGGACAAUGUUCAGAUUGCUGAUCACAUAGAUGGGGGCAAGGAAGAGGGUCUCCUUGAAAACAUGGAAGAGCAGCAAGGUGAGUCACCUGAAAGAACAGAUGAUAACACUGGAGAGCCAGGAGACAAUGUGCAGAUUGCUGAUCAUAUAGAUGGGGGCAAGGAAGAGGGUCUCCUUGAAAACAUGGAAGAGCAGCAAGGUGAGUCACCUGAAAGAACAGAUGAUAACACUGGAGAGCCAGGAGACAAUGUGCAGAUUGCUGAUCAUAUUGAUGAGAGCCAGGAAGAGUCUCUUCUUGAAAACAUGGGACAGCAACAAGGUGAGUCAUCUGAAAGAACAGAUGAUCACACCAGAGUGCCAGGAGACAAUGUGCAUGUUGCUGAUCAUAUAGAUGAGAGCCAGGAAGAGGGUCUGCUUGAAAACAUGGAACAGCAGCAAGGAGAGUCAUCUGAAAGAACAAAUGAUCUCACCGCAGAGCCAGGAGACAACGAGCACAUGGCAGAUAGCAUAGAUGGGAGUCAGGAAGAGGAAGAGCUUGAAGGCGACAAUAGUUCUGCACCGACAGAAGAAAAAAUUGGACUCAUGCAUAUUGCUAAUAUUGGCAAUGUUCAUGCUGUUUUAUGCAAAAAUGGGAAAAGCUAUUGGGUUACUAAAGAACACAGCACUUAUUCUAGAGAAGAAAGGAUCCGUGUUCUUAAGAAUGGUGGCUAUAUCAGCAGCAAUGAACCCAAAGGACUGAUAGAAGGACUUAUCAAGAGCACUCGGGGCCUUGGCCACCACGGCAAUCCAAAGCUGAAAAAUACUGUCAUUCCUGUACCACAUACAAUCUCCUUUCCUGUUGACGAUUCAUGCCAAUUUCUUAUUUUAGCUUCUAAUGGACUCUGGGAAGUUCUGGAUAAAAGUGAAGCAGUACUAUUGACAUUAACAAUGUUUUCUGCUUAUCUGGAAAAGUAUCAGCGCUCCCAACUGAAGAAAGCCCGCAUGCCCAAAGGCUCUGAGUUACCUUCGAAUGAUUUGGAAACUGAAUUCUAUUCAUGGUAUUUAAAUAAAGAUUUUUUGGCAGAUAUUGACUUACAAAAUUUAAGGUCCUCAAGUAGCGUUGUGCAAGAAGAAGAGAUGGUUCAGUCACGUUCCUCAGCAGAGCAAGAACCAGAAGCAGAGGAAGAACCAGAAGAAGCAGCGGAAGAAUCAGAAGCAGAGGAAAAAUCAGAAGCAGAUGAGGAAGAAGCUGCAGAAGAAGAACCCAAUUACUGCAAAUUUACAAUCUGCACAUCAGCAGCAGCAGCCGUCGCCGCGGGGCUCUCGGCAGUCGCGGCAGCGGCGGCGGCGACCACAGCCCGGACGGGUCCGCAAGCGGCCAGCCCUCCGGCGGCCGGGGAGCCCUGCUGCAGCGCUCCGUUGCCGCCGCCGCCGUUUCCCCCGCCGCCGCCGCCGACCGCGGCUGCUGUGGUGGCGGAGGACGCCGCGGCGGCGGCUCCCGCCCCGGCCGCGCCAGCCUCAGCCAUGCCGCAGCCCGGCCGGCACGACGAGGCUCGCCGCCAGGCUCCUCGCCCAGUGCCCGGCUCGGUGCGCCCGUCGAGCGAGCGCGCUGGAUGGAGCCUCCCCUUUCCCCCGCUGCUGCCGCCGCCGCCGGCUGCUCCCUCCGGAGGGAGGGAAGGAGGGGACAGGGCCGCACCGCGGGCGGGUCCUGCUGGGCGGAGAGGAGGAGGCGCCGCUAAGAAGAAGCCAGCGGGGAGGAGGGGAAGGCGACGGACAUGUUGUUGCCGCCAGCGAGCCUGGCUUCGGCUGUCACCGCCCGGCAGCCCAGGAGGAGGAGGGAGAGGGAAGCCGGGCGGCCGCGCGGCCUGCCUGGCCCUUCCUUCCCUCCUCGCCUGGGAAGCGGCGCAGUGGCGUCUCCGCUGGUCCUGGCCAUAA